AGUUGAAAUUCAUUAAUAUAUCCUCCUUGAUCUCAUAUUCCGUGUGUUGUUGCUUUGAAAAAUUCAGAUCUGAGCUUUGUUGGUGCUGUUGCUUUCAAAAUCAAGAUAAAAAUUAUAUUUUUUAAUUUUUAGAUUAUUAGUUUAUUUUACAGCUAUUUAUGUUAUUGUAAAAUCUUAGAUCCGAGCUAUGCUGGUGUUGUUGCUUACAAAUUUUUUAAUUUGAUUAAGUUUCUGAUUAUUAGAUAGUAUGAAGAUGUUGUGAUAUUUUUUUGGUGAAUCUGAUGGAUCUAUUGGUGGAUGUGUUGGCUCUUGAUAUUUGCUGUUGCCUAAAAAUAUCGAAAGGCAUUUUUUUCUUUUCAGGAGCUAAAAGUUUAGAUCUUUAAUAUUUUUAACUGCUAUUUAUGUUACUAUAAUAUUUUUUGCUUAGAUAUUGCAGUAAUCCAUGUUAGUAAUUUAUAAUUUGUAAUUUGUUCACACAUCACAUGAAUGUUCACACAUCUUCAAUAUGCAAUUUGUUCAAUUUUUAAGUUACGUAAAAAUUGCCACAACGCACAUAAACAAACACAGUUGCUACAUAAACAAGGUUACAUGUUAUAUCUCUGAAAAUAUAUCAGUUUGUAAUCUUUGAAAAUAUAUCAGUUUAUAUUCUUGUUGGUUUGUCAUUAAUUUUUGUAAAUUGCAAUUCAUUCAGGUUUUGUUAGAAUUCUACUUUGUUUCUAACUGGAUAAUGAUUUUUGCAUCGUAGAUGGAUGGUGAUGGGGAUUGUUCCGAUGAACAAAGUGUUGUUAAUAUGGUUCUAUGUGUUGUAUUAACCAUUUUUAUUAUAAUAAUUACAAUCAUAAGGAGAAUACAAGCUAGACGUAAAUCAAUUCGUAGUGGUCCAAGUGAGGAAAAAAAAGGCAAGAGAGGGCUAGAAUUGAACACAUAGAGCGAAUUUAUAAUGAUUUUAGUGAUAGUUGCGUAAAUUAUAUUAGAAUACGGAGUGAUGAUUUUGUUAAACUAGCGAGUAUAAUAAGGAACAAUAUCCUGCUAAAAGACUCAAGGAAUGUAACAAUAGAAGAACAACUUAUCAUGACACUGAACAUUUGGGUCAUAAAUCUAAAAAUCGCAUUGUCAGCUCUUAUUUUAUAAGAGCAGGGAAGACAGUUAAUAGAUAUUUUAACAAGGUAUUACAAGCAAUUAUUUGCAUGCGUGGACGGUACCUGAGUCAAGUCCCCAAUGACAUUCCCCAAGAGAUCGUUAACAACCCGCUAUACUACCCUUAUUUAAAGGUAUAUCUACACUUUACGCACAUUUACAUGUAUAAUCUAUGAAAGUAAUUUUUAAUUUAGGUGUGUGAUACAUGUAAUAUAGGAUUACAUUGGAAUGAUAGAUGGGACUCAUGUUGAUGCAAUGCUUCCGACUAAUCUUGUUGCACGCUUUCGAGGCCGCAAAGGUGUUACACAGAAUGUGCUUACCAUUUGCACCCUAAACAAGCUAUUCACAUAUGUUUUAGUAGGUUGGGAGGGUUCUGUAAAUGAUUAUAGGAUUCUUCAAGAUGCAUUAUCUAGACCCCAACCACAUGGAUUGAAAGUCUAUGAUGGCAAAUACUAUCUGUGUGAUACUGAGUACCCAAUCAUGCAAGGUUUCAUCUCUCCAUACCGAGGUGUUCGAUAUCAUUUGAAAGAACAUUCGGGUAUUCUACACAAAGAUCCUCAGUUGGAGGUUGGAUGGAUUUGCGCAUUCAUGAUGAUACUCAAAGGAGGUUGGCAGAUAUCGGAAUGAAGCCGUCAUAAUUCAAAUCAAGAUCACAACAUCGCUUCAUUUGUAACCAAGAUGAGAUAUAUUGAAGAUUAUUGAUUGGUAUAGUGUUUUUAGGUUUAGGUGUUUACUUUGUGUGUCAUGUUUAAAGCUCAAAUUUCACACAUAUACGUUGUUUCGUUU